AUGGCCCCAAUUCAGAUCCUGAAACUUCAAAACACCUUCAAGCCUGGAGGCAAGGUGUUUGAGGUGGAACGCGCGGCAGCUGAGCAUUCCGGCCUUGUCCAGAUGCUGCUCCAAGACUUCGACGACAGCGACCUGGAAGCGAUCAUUCCCAUCUCGGUCGACGUCAGCGACAAGGGCCUGGCCAAGGUCUUCGAGUGGAUGACCCACUCGAAGGACCUUCCCAAGACCACCGACGACGGCUCCGUGCGCGGCCCGGACGACAGCGCGGUCAACUGGAAGCCUCUGACCUUCUCAGACUGGGAUAAGAAGUUCUUUGACGCGCUCGACUCGGAAGCUCUCUAUGAGAUCCUGAUCGCCGCCAACUACCUCGAUAUCAAGCCGCUGUAUGAGCUGGGCUGCCAGUUCGUCGCCAACAUGAUCCGCGGCAAGACCACCGAGCAGAUCCGUGAGAUUCUCAACAUCACGAGCGACUUCAACCCGGAAGAGGAGUUGCGCAUUCGCGAACAGAAGGCGUUGGUUAAGGACGAGUCAGAGACGGCCGAGAAGAACUAA